UGCGUCCCAAAUCCUAAUCAAUCUGAUUAGGUGAAUAAUCCCCUGUUUAUCAAAUUCGAACCCAUCAUCAUCAUUGGCAUAAAGGUAAUAUCAAUGAAUUGUACAACUACAAUAAAUGCUUCUGACUUCUGGGUUACGCUCCGAACCACCAAAGAUUCCAGCUUUCACAGCACAAAUCUCAAUAAAAACCCAAAAAGAAAACAACAACAAAACUGCGUGACAAGAAAGAUCCAAACACAAUGUCUCAAUCCAGACUCUUCAUCUUCUUCUUCAAGGCCUUCCUUUAUCUGGAACUUGUUCUCCCAAUCUGCCAUGGCCUACCUCUUGCGGACCUCAAUUUGCUGGAGCAUAGUGAAGUGUCUUCUGACAUAAUGGCGAAAAAGAGGGUUUGCACAGGAAGCAUUGAGGAAUGCUUUAGCUUGAGAGAAACUGAGACGACGACGAUGGAUUCUGAGAGCAAUAGAAGAAUUCUGGCAAUGCAGAAGAAGUUUAUCAGUUACGAUACUCUCAGGAGAGACAUGGUUCCUUGUGACAGACCUGGAGCUUCAUACUAUAAUUGUCAUGCCAAACCAGCAAAUCCCUAUCAAAGAGGCUGUGAGAUAAUCACUACAUGUGCUAGAGAUUUUAGAUCAAUUUUUUCUGGAACUGCGACAAAAACGCUGAACAGGGUCUUGACCGGAUCUUGUGUUGUAGUACUAUCAUAGUUGAAUCUGGUGAUCACUUCAAUCUGAAUAUUGAAGAAACUCAUAUUUCAUAGAUUUGUAAGAUCAAAACCUGAGAAUGAAUGUAAUUUUAGGUGACGAUCGAAGUCUAUAUAUCCAUCAUGCAACUCUUCAAUUGUCUGACAAGAGUAGUCCUGAAUCCCAUCCUUUGCUUUUCUAUGUUAUAAUUCUAUGUUAAGAGAUUAAUAUGUACUAGACUCCAUCUAAUUACUCCUAUAUAUGUCCAGUUAUGUUACCUAUUGAAUUAUGAAUUUGUCCUAGCUAGUCUAAGAAGUACAGAAACAAACAGAAGACAUGGAUAUGAGAAACCAGUGAGUACUUUUUCC